GCCCCAGCAUCUAACGUCAGGCACUCGGCUAGAGUGUUACUGCAGGCGGCACCAACUCACAAGCAGUUGUCAGUUUGCCCAGCCUCCCACCCAGGUGCACCUGGCGGAGAAGAAAAUAGUCCAGAAGAGCAGUAUGGUACGGGGAGGUUAGUGCUCAGGGGCGUCAUGCCUGUCCCUCAGACCCUGUCCAGGCUGGCCCCCCCUUCUGCGGCCUGUAGUGUCCCUGCAUCCUACCGCUGUGCUGGUGUCUACUCCUGCUCCUCCAACUGCGGCGCUGCAGAUACAGCAAGCCCCUACACCCUCCCCUUCCACCAUUGCCAUCUCCACACGCCCAGUGUCUGUACUAAACCAAGUGCCAUGAGAAGUGAACCGUUCGGACCCAGGUUCCAGCGUGUUGGGGUCUCCAAAGGUCUACAUGCCAAGCCCCUGAUCCUUCUGUCUAUAUCCAAACCACACACAAGCCUGCACAAG